UUUGGACAUUUCUCCUCCCACAGUCCCAGUCCCAGUCCCAGUCCCAGUCCCACUGGUCUUCCACAAUAGUGCAAUACGCAACACAGAGAGUCCAAAAAUCAUAGAAGCUUAAAAACCGGUAGUUUAUCCACAACAAUGGCAGCCACUUGUUCUUCAUCCUUUCCAUCUCUACUGCCUCUACCCAAAGCCAGAAUCCCUAAAUUCUCUUUCUACUCUUCCUUCACUACAUCUCAAUCCAAUUUCUUUACAGUUACUUCCCGCCAAAAUCUCAUCAAUGGCGAUUUUGUUAAUAAUAUUAGGACCCCCCUUACUUUGCUUAAAGCUCAAGCUUCUUCUGUCAAUGGCGAAAAACAGCCUAUGCUUCCUCCUUUCAAUGUUCUCAUCACUGGCUCCUCCAAAGGGAUAGGCUAUGCACUAGCUAAAGAGUUUCUAAAAGCAGGUGACAGUGUCAUUAUUUGUUCAAGGGGAGGCGAACGAGUAGAGUCGGCAGUUCAGAGCUUGAGAGCAGAAUUCGGGGAUCUGCUUGUGUGGGGUACCAAGUGUGAUGUGAGGGAUGGGAAAGAUGUGAAGAAUUUAGUUGCAUUUGCACAAGAAAAACUAAAGUACAUUGAUAUAUGGAUUAAUAAUGCAGGAUCCAAUGCAUAUAGCUAUAAGCCUUUGGCAGAAUCUUCAGAUGAGGAUCUCAUUGAGGUGGUCACUACAAAUACCCUUGGUUUGAUGAUCUGCUGUCGGGAGGCUAUGAAGCUGAUGUUAAACCAACCCAGAGGUGGUCAUAUAUUUAAUAUUGAUGGUGCUGGUUCUGAUGGAAGACCGACUCCAAGAUUUGCUGCAUACGGAGCAACCAAGCGCAGUGUGGUGCACCUUACAAAAUCAUUGCAGGCCGAGUUACAGAUGCAGGAUGUAAAAAAUGUUGUGGUGCAUAAUUUGUCGCCUGGAAUGGUCACAACUGAUCUUCUGAUGUCAGGUGCUACUACAAAGCAGGCAAAGUUUUUCAUAAAUGUUCUUGCAGAACCUGCUGAAGUAGUCGCGGAGUACCUUGUUCCCAAUGUCAGAUCGGUAGCAGGCAGUGGAUCAACAAAACCAACGUAUGUACGGUUUCUGACUGGGUUGAAAGCAUACACACAAAUCUUCUCAAGAAUUGUGUUUGGUGCUAGGAGGAAUAGAUUUGUGGUUGAAGAUUGAAAAGUUUGCAGUUUGCAGUUUCUAUGAAUAUUAUGAUAUCUCUCGUACUUAUUCCACAGUUCCACCCCUUUUGAAACUAUCAUUGUGGUUAUGUGAAGGGAUUUGACAAAUUCUGUACUAUUUCAUUCAAUAAACGAUCAGAUGAUUUCCGAGUGUAUUGUAAUGGAUUUGAUAGGCUGAUCAUAUGGCUCAGCAAACCAACAUACAUACUCUCCCUUUGCUGUGUUUCUGAACGAACUCCAUCCUCAGUUGUUAAUAAAUCUGGACUGUGCAAACUCUGAUACUUGAGAAGGUUUAUACCGAGUUAACACGGUUUGCAGAUAAACAAAACCGGUUGUUCCAGACUCAACAAGUGAGCAAUGCCUAAUUGCCUACUACACAAUAAGCUGAAAAUGAAAGUUGGGAAGUGGGUAUCUCUGUUAUUUUAGGACCCUUUUUUCUUUUUCAACUUUCUUAAAAGGGACUAGGUCCAAUUUUAUCUUCAUCACUUAUUUGUGGAAAAAUAUGUAAUCACUACAUACUGAUAUACUGAAUUAUUGAUAUAGUACUGUGGUCUGUGGUAUCUGA